UUGCAACCCCCUUUUCCUUUAUAACCCCCCCACUCCUCUCUCCAGACCCCCCACAAUCUCUGCCCGCCCCGGCCAUCUUCCCUCUCUCCGUUGCUCCGGUUCUGUUUAGUCUUUUUCCGAUGGCGAUUGAUCUGUUCGGGGUGUCCCAGAUGGACGAUCAGGCGGCUAUACAGGAAGCGGCGUCGGCUGGGUUGAAGAGCAUGGAGCACCUGAUCUGCGUACUCUCCCAUCAAGCCCCCCAAGCCCAAGGCCUUGACUGCCGAGAAAUCACCGACUUCACCGUCUCCAAAUUCAAACGGGUAAUCUCCAUCCUCAACCGGACCGGCCACGCCCGGUUCCGCCGCGGGCCGUCCAACCCGGUCCUCCCGGAGAUCCUGCCACAACCCCAAACGACCUUCGCUCUCGAUUCUGCAGCCAAACCUAAAACUGCUUCCGAGUUGUCGGCGAGUCAGCCCAUGUCCUCCACGACGUCGUCGUUUAUGUCAUCUAUAACCGGAGACGGUAGCGUUUCGAAUGGCAAACAGGGUUCCUCGCUCCUUGUAGCUCCAACCCCUACCUUUUCGGCCGGGAAGCCACCUCUUUCGUCAUCUCAGCGUAGAAAGUGCCAAGUGGAUCACUCUCUUUCCGUCGGAAAAAUCUCCUCGUCCGGCCGUUGCCAUUGCUCCAAAAGAAGGAAAUCCCGAGUUAAGAGGAUCGUCAGAGUGCCGGCGAUAAGCUCGAACACCGCCGAUAUACCGCCGGAUGAUUACUCCUGGAGAAAGUACGGUCAAAAGCCGAUCAAGGGCUCACCUUACCCACGAGGAUACUACAAGUGUAGUAGCGUGAAAGGGUGCCCAGCGAGGAAGCACGUGGAGCGAGCGCAAGAUGAUCCGAAGAUGCUGACUGUGACCUACGAGGGGGAGCACCGUCACUCGCAUCCUCCGAUCCCCGCAUGAUGCAACUAUUCCGACCUGAAUCCUCCCUAAUCGAACGGCAGCAAGUGGGCCUUUACGCUAGACUGUCACCGGUGCCUGUGACGGUGGUUUUGCCAUAUGAAAUGGUCAAAGAAAGAUUGAAAGAAAGUCAACUAUUCGGCUUGGGCCUGCCGAGAGGGUUUUAUGUAAAUUACUAGAGAGAAGGGACUACAAAUUAAAUGAAAUACAACUAUUCUAUUCUGAUUUCGAGGAAACUUCGUCACGGUGGAUUAUUAGGGUAUUUUAUUGAAUAGUUUUCUUAAAUGUAAUUACUAUUUUGAAAUUAAAUGAUUUAAUAUAUAUAUUUUGUUUUUAUGUUAA